AUGUCGACCUCACCCCGUCAGCUUUUGCUCCUUGCGGACCACCUCAAAUUGUCACUGCUCGAGCGCCAGCGCGCCAUCUCACUUAACCUCGAACCCAAUAAGCAAGAUAGCCACAUCUCACGAUCCUUGUCAAACCUUCACGAGGGCAUCGAGCAGCUAGAAGCACAGCAGGCGGAUCUUGGAGAGGCAGAAGAUGACAAUUCAGACCUUGCGAAACUACGGAAACAGUACCAAGAGCUAUACUCGCAAUUUCACGGCGCAGCACCUACAUCACCAGAUGUCCAGACACCCAAUGAUCCUACCCUGGCCGACGACUUCGCAGCGGCACAAUCACGACCAGCCAGGCAACAAGCUGCACGGAAUAAGAGCGUGCGGUUUAGAGACAACCCCGACGAUAAUGACCCCGAAGCACAAGCGAACCGUGCGGCAUUAUUCGCAGAACAGGAGCGAUACAGAGACGAGCCGGGAGCACCAGAUCAGACGAAUCUGGACAAUCAGCAAAUACACACCUACCAUAAGCAAGUGCUGCGGGAUCAGGAUGAACAGCUCGAUACUUUGAGUCAGAGCAUAGGCAGACAACGCAUGCUGGGCAUACAAAUGGGCAGUGAGUUGGAUGAACAGAAUGAGCUGCUAGAUGACGUGGAGCACGGCGUGGACAGGCACUCCAACACCUUGACAGGAGCGCAGAAGAGGCUGGGCCAUAUUGCGAGAAAGAGCCGGGAGAACUGGAAUUGGAUCACCAUCACGAUCCUGAUCAUUGUCUUGGUGUUGCUGAUAAUCAUUCUCAAAUGA